UUCAGAGAGGGGCCGAGGUGCAGGGACCCUGGACGGUCUCGCGUCUUUUUUCUUUUAAAUAUAUCCCGACAAGUUUCAUAACUAGUUUUGUCAAGAGUGUCAAGUGAAAGUCCGGUCGCGCGUCUUAUACUGAUAUCGGUUAAUUUGUUGUUUUCUGAGUUUUGGCAGAGGUCGUUCACUGAGCGCUCCGGGAGACUAUUUGGAUUACAGACAUAACAGUAAACGUGUGUUGUUUACGGCAGCGUCGUUGUGUUUAAUACAGAGUUCCUCCAAAAAGUUUGGACUGGUGUCAAAGCGCACUUCUUCGCGUCUUUUAGGUAUGCCUGUGGUCAUCAGCGUGUCACCGGACAGGUAACCAGGUGUGUUGCUGCUGUCAUGGCUCUGCCAAUCCUGCAGCUGUUGCCUAUCACUGUGGUCACAGUCCUGGUGGUGCUGGUGUCGUCUUCAGAGGACCAAGAGUGGCACUUUAACCCAGCUCAGUGUCGUUACGCCCUGGGGAUGGAGGAUGGCACCAUCCCAGACUCUGACAUCACUGCCUCCAGCUCCUGGUCAGACUCCACUGAAGCCAAACAUGGACGGUUGAGCACUGGAGAGGGGGAUGGCGCAUGGUGUCCUGCAGGAUCUGUCUUCCCCAGUGGAUCAGAAUACCUUCAGGUGGACCUGCACAAACUCCACUUCUUGGCUCUGGUUGGUACCCAGGGUCGUCAUGCCGAUGGGCAUGGCCAGGAGUUUGCCCGCAGUUACCGCCUACGCUACUCCAGAGAUGGAGUGAAAUGGAUCACAUGGAAGGACCGCUGGGGCCAAGAGGUGGUGUCAGGAAAUGAGAAUACAUACGAUGUUGUGCUGAAGGACCUCGGCCCUCCCAUCGUGGCCCGCAUGGUGCGCUUUUACCCUCUGGCUGACAGGGUUAUGAGUGUUUGCCUUCGGGUGGAACUCUACGGUUGUGUGUGGAACGAUGGGCUCAAGGCUUAUGCAGCUCCACUGGGUCACGUCAUGCACCUGUCUGGCAUGCCUGUCUAUCUAAACGACUCCACCUAUGAUGGGAGUACAGAACAAGGGAUGCAGUUUGGAGGCCUGGGUCAGCUGUGUGAUGGCGUCCUGGGAGGAGACGACUUCAUGGAAACAAAGGAGCUGAGGGUGUGGCCGGGGUAUGACUACCUGGGCUGGAGCCGAGAAGCUCUUGGACAAGGCAGUGUAGAUAUCGAGUUCCACUUUGAGAAACCGCGUCUCUUCCACAACAUGCAGGUGCACAGUAACAACCGUCACACACAAGGCGUCAGGGUUUUCAGCAAGGUGGAGUGUGUUUUUAAGCCUGGCAUCCUCCAGCCCUGGUCCUCUCCUGCCCUCAGCCUGCCUGUACCCCUGGAGGAUCUAAAGGACCCUUCCUCUCGAACCAUCUCUCUCCCACUGGGCGGCCGGCCGGCUCAGAUACUCCGCUGCAAAUUCUACUUCACUGAUCGCUGGCUGCUCAUCAGUGAAAUAUCAUUCCUCUCUGAGCCUUUUGACGAGGAUCUUACAGAAACACAGUCAUUUCCUCCUGAUCUCCCCAAGAUUCCCAAAACCAGUUCCUCUGCUCCUCGUGUCAACCACACCUCCUCCUCUCCAACAUCAAGCAACAGUACCUCCAACGCCACUUCCAGUGCCUCUGAACCCUCCACCACCACCACCUUCAUGAUGGACACCACUGGUAACUGGACGCUGUCAGGAUCAGAUGCUACUGGUUUGACUCCAAGGGCAGGUCUUCCUGUAGCCAAGGAUGACAGCAGCAAUACUGCUAUUCUGAUUGGCUGCCUGGUUGGCAUCAUCCUCCUGCUGCUGGCUGUCAUAGCUGUAAUUCUGUGGAGGCAGUACUGGAAAAAGAUACUGGGGAAGGCUCAGGGUAGCCUGUCCAGUGAUGAGCUGCGGGUUCACCUGUCAGUCCCAUCAGACAACGUGGUCAUCAACAACACACACAGCUACUCGAGCCGCUACCAACGCAUCCACACGUUCCCCGACGACCGCGAACACGACAGGGAGGGAGAAGGAGAGUACCAGGAGCCCAGCGCUUUGCUCCGGCCAAGGGAUCAGCGAGACAGCACAGCCUUGCUGUUAAACAACCCAGCCUAUCACCUGCUCCUGUCAGAUCACAGAAAAGACUCCAGCAACAAUCAGGCUCAGGAAAAGAGCCUCAAUGUGCCCCAGGCCUGCGGCUUGGACAUGGACAUGGAGAAGGGUUUCCCCCCAACACAAGAUGAGCCACCCCCUUACCCUGGCUCCCCUCCUUACCCCUCCCUGUCUCCCCCCGUGUCUCCCCCACUGCCUCCCAGCGUCCCCCACUAUGCUGAGGCAGACAUUGUGAGCCUGCAGGGUGUCAGCGGAAACAACACCUACGCUGUGCCAGCCUUGGCGUCUUCGAGCCCUGGGGCUGAUGCCUCCCCGCUGCCAGAGCUGCCUCGACAGUUUCUCAUCUUCAAGGAGAAACUGGGAGAAGGACAGUUUGGCGAGGUGCACCUGUGUGAAAUCGAGAACCCUCAGGACCUUCCCAGCCUGGAGUUCCCCUUCAAUGUGAGAAAAGGUCGCCCUCUGCUGGUAGCAGUGAAGAUAUUGCGCCCAGACGCCUCCAAGAACGCCAGAAAUGACUUCCUGAAAGAGGUAAAGAUUCUGUCUCGCCUGAAAGACCCGAACAUAAUCCGACUGCUGGGAGUGUGUGUCAGCAGCGACCCGCUCUGCAUGGUCACAGAGUACAUGGAGUGUGGAGACUUGAACCAGUACUUGUCCAACCGAGUGCUUCUGGACAAGUCUGGGCCUUCACACAACACACCAACCAUCAGCUACCCGGCUCUCAUCUCCAUGGCCAGCCAGAUUGCAUCAGGAAUGAAGUUCCUUUCUUCCCUCAACUUUGUCCACCGGGAUCUGGCCACACGUAACUGCCUGGUUGGGGGUGAGCGGGGUGAGAGCGGAGGGGAUCCAAGCGGCGAGCGCCAUAUUAAGAUAGCCGACUUUGGCAUGAGCAGGAAUCUGUAUGCUGGAGACUACUACAGGAUCCAAGGCAGAGCUGUGCUGCCAAUACGCUGGAUGGCCUGGGAGUGUAUACUCAUGGGAAAAUUCACCACAGCCAGUGAUGUGUGGGCGUUUGGAGUUACUCUGUGGGAGAUGCUGAGUGUUUGUCAGGAGCAGCCGUACUCAAACCUGACAGAUGAACAAGUCAUCGACAAUGCUGGGGAGUUCUUCAGAGACCAGGGCCGACAGGUGUAUCUGAGCAAGCCGGCUGUGUGUCCGCAGGGUCUCUAUGAGCUCAUGUUGAGCUGCUGGAACAGAGACUGCAAGCUCCGCCCAUCCUUUGGCUACAUCCACUCCUUUCUCACCGAGGAUGCAAUGAACAUGGUUUAAAGAUGCAUUAACAUUAAGAGCAGAAAUGGUCUUUCACGUUCAUGAAUCCUUGCUAUAGCGGGGAGGUGUCUGAAUCAGUGUGGUGGAGGUGCUGCACGGCAGGAGCAGAUGAGGAGGGAGAGUGGGUUGCUCGCUUUCAUAUUUUGUACUUCUUGGGUGGAUGGGGCUGAAAUGCCGCUGGUUCGGUUUAUUUCCAUGACAGACCCCGACUCCAAAGCCAAACUAACCCCAGCUUUAGAUAGAUAACAGGCCGAGCUACAUUUCACAGUGGUUGGUGGUGGGUGCAGUCUGCAUAGGAACUUUCUAUCUUCUCAGAUACUUGACAUAUGAGGAGAGUUUGUGUUAAAUUAAUGUAACAGGAUGUUGCAUAGCCUAAUUUACUUUGACCAUAGGAAGUUAGAAAAUGUACAGUUUUGAAGGUACAUGACUUUGUCCACGCAACAUCUCAAAUGCUACAUGCUGGGUAACAGCUGAUGGUGCACAUGCAUUGUGGCUGAACAGUGAACCUGUGGUACAGAGACAAACUGCACACAAGGAUUGUUGUCUUAGUAUUUAUGGUAUGUACAGCCUACUGUGCACAUUUCAAGCCACAUAUUUCAGUAAAAUUACUCCCAGCUUCAGCCCCUGUGGCCCGUCUCAGACACAAAAAACAUAUUAAUUCACUGCAAAAAAAAAUAAAAAAUCUUAACAUCCAGACAUGAAUGACGGUUCACUCUGCUGAACCUGAGUGACAGCAGAUCUUAUCAUGUUAUUUUUCCCUUUAUCAAUCCACUUAUUGAGCCCAACAGCCUUAUAUAGAGACCCACAUCCACAAUUGUAACUUUAAGUGGGCUAAUGUGAAAUGGUGUGGACCAGACAAGAGCAGCCCCUCAACCACCGACCCCCAUCAAAAAGUUCAAAGAUUUUGAGCCAGAGAGGGAAAAAAACUGUAUCCAUUGUGCCUAAUGGACUUCUCGAACCUGAGGAAUCAGGCACAGAAGAGGGGAGUCUGCUGCUGCCAACGAGGUAUGACCCACAAACUGGAACGGCUUUUCCAAGCAGAGACAUUGCUGCCAACGAGGGCAGUGAACGGGACAUCUUCAGAUGCGCCUGCUCAGGUGUUUUGGCAAUUUUUUGUAUCUGGCUGUGACCCAGACACAAAGUAUAGAUGAAAAAUUCCACAACCAGCUGCACUUUAAAUCCUACAUGCAUAUCCCCGGCCAUGAUGAAAUCCUUCUCUGUGAGGGGCCUGAUAUGAUUCCUGUCGAUGUGGAUUUUAAUGCAUUUUGCUCACAGUGAUUUCAGAUAUUUGCCAAGGGAGAUCAAUACGCAUCUCAGAUGUAUUUUAGACACAGUCUGAUUUCAAAAUCCUUCCCUGCAAGGCAUCGCCAAACCAUUGGAUGUAAAAUAUUAUUAAAAAAAUGGAAUGGCACCAUUUCAUCUCAUUUUAAAUGUAUGACAAACUUUGUUCUGAAACUUUCAGUGUGCUGAGACAUGUUUACUCAUCGAAUAAUCUGUUUCUGCUUAUCCAAAUGCAUUGCUGUAUUUUAAAAACAAAGUUAUUGCAUUGCUCAAACAGGGAAUGCUGGGAGUCCUCAUUUUUGUGUGAAAGUCAACAUCAACCUUGGCGUUAUCCCACGUUAGUACAUUAAGCUGACUGCGGUAGUAUCAGUAGAUCUACCUUACUGAUUGUAUAGCACUGUAAAUCAGUCCUGACAUGAUUGAGAUUAUCAAGUAAUACAUGUUUACUGAUUGCAAAUGGUUGUGCCAUUUGAGUCAUUUUUGAUACACUGUAGUUCAACUAAACCCAUAUUUUUAUAUAUACUGUAUGUACUUAAGACACUCCUUGAUGUCUGAUUUCGUCCUUUUUGUCUUUGAAGCUGAACGUAAUAGUAUGUACAUAUCUUAAGGACAGAAUUGUAAUAUCCUUUACUAAUAUAUGGAAAACUCUUUGCUACAUUUGGGGUCUUCUGUAUCUCUGUAGAAUGCUUGCUACCUUGAUGCUAUUGUAAUUCAUUGUGUUGUCUAUUUUUGUAGAUGUUUUAAUAAAGUUAA